CCGAUGGGAGAGCCAAUGAAGAAAGUAAGGGGAAGACUCUCAUCGUGACUCCUUUAGCAGGAGGUGCGCUGUGCUUUGGAACCCGGAAGAGGAGACGUGUGUGCUCCGGAAGUGUUCGUGAAGGGGGUUGCGCUGGAGUUUGAGUGGUACCAGGUCCUUCGUGUCGUAGUUUUUGCCGCCGCCAUGUUUCUGACUGGAGUUGCUUUGGCCAAGACCAAAUCCAAGCUUAUUCUUGUGAGGAUGUUGAGUGAAGCAGGAACGGGCUUUGGUUUCAACAUAAAAAGAAAACGGGUUGUCGAAAAGCUGGUCAUGCUGAGAUAUGAUCCUAUUGUUAAGAAGCCUGUUCUUUUCAAAGAGUUUAAAAAGAUCCGUUCCAUCUAGAUGACAACUGGCUCAAGUCAUUUGAUUC